CCAACAAUAGGAAACUAAUCGUUACUUGGGAUUUCUGUUUGAGUUUUCCAGGGUAUGUCGUAAAUACGAAAGGAUACAGUUCUAUGAUUACAGAAGAUGCUUAUGAGUAAAGUGAUAUUUAUCUGGACAAGCUGUUGCGCGUUUCUGUUCUUGUUGAUUUUAAAACUUGAUGAAAUCGUUUCUUGGAAUUGGUUCAUCAUAUUCAUACCAAUGUGGUCUUUUGAUUUUAUGUUAUUCAUUACCUCAAUACUAUAUAUGUCACGAAAAUUUACCCAUAUAAUUGGUCAACAUAACGUUGAAGGUAGAUUUAAUCAGACUCUGACAUUGAGUUUUAUCUUGUGGAAGUCAAUUGCACAGAUUAUUCUCUGCCUAUCCCUGGAAGGCUAUUUAACGACUUUGUUAGACAGCUUUUCUCAGUCGAACGUUAUUAACCAGAAUACAACUAGCAAUCAAACCGGUAAUUCAACCGCCGUUAAAACCCGUCUGGUUUAUGCAAUAUUUCCUAUAUGGACUACAAUGGUUGUAUGUUUAUUAAUAGUUUGCACUCAAAUCGUAAAUCCACGUUUAACUGGAAUUUGGUCAUUUUGUUCAAAUAAUCAACCAUUUGAUGGCCAUCGUGAAAGAGGAAAACAACAAAAGACCAACGUUUUAAGGGGUUUUGUAACGAAUUGAAAAGUUGUCUGUUGAUAAUGUUAUGUAUUUGUCACUGUUUAUAUGUGUACUAUUCCUUUGUGAAUAAAAG